AUGAUGGAGGCGGGAGGCGCGGGAGCGGGAGGAAGGGACGAGAGGGUGCCGCAGUGGGGCGCGCAGGAGACGCGGGAGCUGAUCGUGGCGCGCGGGGAGAUGGAGCGGGAGACCAUCGCGGCGCGCCGCAGCGCGAAGACGAUGUGGGAGGCCGUCGCCGCGCGGCUCCGUGAGCGGGGCUACCGACGAACCGCCAAGCAGUGCAAGUGCAAGUGGAAGAACCUCGUUAACCGCUACAAGGGGAAAGAAACUUCUGAUCCAGAAAAUGGUAGGCACUGUCCCUUCUUUGAAGAGCUGCAUGCCGUCUUCACAGAGCGUGCUAGAAAUAUGCAGCGGCAACUCCUUGAGUCUGAAUCUGGAACUUCUGUCAAAAGAAAACUGAAGCGACCUGGUGGUGACCGGUCAUCUGGGGAGUCUGAUGACGAGGAUGAUGAUGGUGAAGAAAGUGAUGAUGAGAAGCCGAUGCACAGCAGAAAGAGGAAAGCUGAUGACAAGAAACAGCAAUAUCAAAGAAUGUCUGAGAAGUCAAGAGCAGGAAUUUCAAGCAUCCAUGAACUGCUGCAGGAUUUCCUGGUGCAGCAACAGCACAUUGAUGUCCGGUGGCAGGAGAUGAUGGAGAGACGCGCCCAGGAGCGGGUUGUUUUCGAACAACAAUGGCAGCAGACAAUGCAGAAGCUGGAGCAGGAGAGGUUGUUGCUGGAACACUCGUGGAUGGAACGGGAGGAGCAAAGAAGGAUGAGAGAAGAAGCACGUGCUGAGAAAAGGGAUGCGCUCCUGACCACUCUGUUGAACAAACUCCUACAGGAAGAUCUAUAG